GGACCCUUUGUCUUCGAUGAUCUUACAGGCAUUUAAUUUACUUGUUGCAGAAACUGCCUGUUCCUUACACUCUGCGAGUUUUGCUCAGACUUGACUUUCACAACUCAAAUUUCGGAAUCCAUCUUCUCUGCCACCUCGUAAUGGCUGAUCCUUCUUCUUCUUCUUCUUCUUCUUCUUCUUUCCAACGGAGCUAUGACGUGUUCCUGAGCUUUAGAGGAGAAGACACCCGCAAAAGCUUCACUGCCCAUCUCUAUAAGGAGCUACGCACCAAAGGAAUCAACACGUUCAUUGACGAUGACAAGCUUGAGAGGGGUGAUGUCAUAUCUUCUGCGCUUGUUGCGGCUCUUCAAAACUCCAAGUUUUCUCUCAUUGUUUUGUCAGAAAAUUAUGCAUCUUCCGGGUGGUGUUUGGAGGAGCUGGUGAAGAUUCUAGAGUGCAUGAGAACCAUGGGACAGAGGGUUCUCCCCAUUUUCUACGAUGUGGAUCCCUCGCAUGUAAGACAUCACAACGGAAAAUUUGGAGAAGCACUGGCUAAACAUGAAGAAAAUUUGAGAACUAUGGAGAGGGUGCCGAUUUGGAGGGAUGCUCUCACUCAAGUUGCCAAUUUAUCCGGUUGGGAUUCCAGGAAUAAGCAUGAGCCUAUGCUUAUCAAGGGAAUUGCCACUUAUAUUUGGAAUAAAUUGUUUAGUAGAUCCUCAAAUUAUGCUGAUCAGAACCUAGUUGGAAUAGAAUCUAGCAUACGAGAAAUAAAAUCCCUGCUAUUUACCGAGUCUCUAGAUGUUCGCAUGGUGGGGAUUUGGGGCAUGGGAGGCAUAGGUAAAACAACCCUUGCCAGAGCUGUUUAUAACCAAAUCUCUCAUGAAUUUGAAGCUUGCUGCUUUCUUGAAAAUGUCAGUGAUUAUUUGGAAAAGCAAGAUUUCCUUAGCUUGCAAAAGAAAUUUCUUUCUCAACUAUUGGAAGAUGAAAAUCUAAAUAUAAAAGGAUGCAUCUCUAUAAAGGCUUUGCUUUGUUCUAAAAAGGUUCUCAUCGUCAUUGAUGAUGUGAACAAUUCAAAAAUAUUAGAAGACUUGAUUGGGAAGCAUGGUUGGUUUGGUAUCGGAAGUAGAAUCAUCAUAACAACAAGGAAUAAGCAGUUGCUAGUUACACAUGGGGUAAAUGAAGUGUAUGAGGUUGAAAAAUUAAAUGAUGAUAAUGCAGUUGAGCUCUUCAGUCGAUAUGCCUUUAAAAAAGCCCAUCCUAUAGAUGAUUAUGUGGAGCUCUCUCAAUGUAUAGUGGUUUAUGCUCAGGGCCUUCCAUUAGCUCUUCAAGUUUUAGGUUCAUUUUUAUUUGAUAAGAGCAAACGGCAAUGGGAAAGUCAGUUGGAUAAACUAAAAAAAAUUCCUAAGAAGGAAAUUCAAGAUGUGCUUCGAGUAGGUUUUGAUGGGUUGGAAGAUAACGAGAGAGAUAUAUUUUUGGACAUCGCAUGUUUCUUUCAAGGGCAUGAUAAAGAUUAUGUAAUGGAAAUAUUAAGAUCUUGUGGUUUCUUCCCUGAUAUUGGAAUAAGAGUUCUCAUUGAGAAGUCUCUUAUAUCUGUUGUUGAGAAUAAAUUGAUGAUACACAAUUUGUUACAAAAAAUGGGUUGGGAAAUUGUUCGUGAAGCAUCUCCUAAGGAACCUGGAAAACACAGCAGGUUGUGGAUUCAUGAUGAUGUAAAUCAUGUAUUGACAAAAAAUACGGGAACCAAAGACGUUGAAGGAAUAUCCCUUGACUUGUCCAGUUUGAAAGAGAUAAAUUUCACUAAUGAAGCUUUUGCACCGAUGAAUAGGCUCAGAUUGCUCAAAGUCUAUACAUUGAAUUUUCUCAUGGACUCCAAAAGAGAGAAGUGUAAAGUGCACUUUUCCCAAGGUUUUAAAUUUCACUGAGAAAAACUGAGGCACCUAUAUUGGUAUGAAUACCCUUUGAAAUCACUGCCCAAUGAUUUUAACCUCAAGAAUCUUGUUGACCUCAGCAUGCCUUAUAGCCAAA